AUGAACACAAAAACCAACAACUUGUCUUCAGAAAUGCUUGCUUCACGUACAAACGGCUUGGAACCAAAAUUGCACAUCAAAAUAGUUGGGUUGAUUAAAGAGCCAGAUUUUCAUUUUGCCAAGAGCAUAACUGAGGGACUAAAACAGAAGUUUCCUCGUGAGCUUAUGGAUCCAGAAAUUUGUCCGUUACUUGAAUUUGACUGGCAUGCAUAUCUGGACAACCAGAAGAGGGAGUUACGCGGCGAAGUAUGGCAGUUCUCCAGUGGCGUCAUGUGCUUUGUGGAUGGCCAGUUCAUCGGGGACAGCGGUGCCCUCGCUGCCUGGGCCCAGGACCAAUGGGCCUUCACGUGCGACCGGGCGCAGGCUUUUUACGUGGACGAAUACUACCUGAAACAUCUCCGUGCGACUAAGCACAGGUUUGUUUUCAUGGACAUUGAGAUUGGAGGAGAACCAGUGGGGAGGUUGUUGUUUGAGCUCUUCUCGGACGUGUGUCCAAGGACGUCAUGGAACUUUGAGGCUCUGUGCACAGGAGAGCGAGGCCAGUCGACCGGCGGCUACCCGCUCUGCUACAAGGGCUCCCUGUUUCAUCGAAUAGUGCCCAACGGCUGGGUGCAAGGCGGAGAUAUUAAUCCAGAAAGAAAAGGAAACGGAGGCGAAGCCAUCUAUGGAGAAACCUUUGACGACGAGAGUUUUUCUCUUUCUCACACAAAGCGAGGCACUCUAGGAAUGGCCAACAAGGGCCCCCACAGCAAUGGCUCCCAGUUCUACAUCACCCUGCAACCAACACGGUGGAUGGACUUGACCUACGUUGCGUUUGGUCAAGUGGUUGAAGGUGUGGAUGUCCUCAAGAGAAUAGAAGAGGCCCCGACCACCAAUCAAAGACCCAAGAAGGAAUGUACAGUUGUAAACUGUGGCGUAUUUAAAUUAUAGCUCAUAUAGCCCCUUUAUUGUA